UGAGGGUCUCUGUACAGUAACGGAUGACCGCCGCGUCUCUGAGGGGACCGACAGAGGCGGACUGACCGGCCGAGCCGUCAGAGAGGCGCGCCUUCUGUGGACUAGUGGCUCGGACGGAUGAAACUACAGAGUUUCUGAGCCAAUCAGCCUCCGAGGAAGUUGAACGCUAGCGCAAAUCCAAGUUUCGAACGUACGUUACGUUAGUCCCUUAGCUAGGCUCGAUUCGGGUUUAUCGCGCUGUUCGAGGAUUUAUAAAUACUACAAAUACCACCAACCUGCCGGUUAAAGAAGAGGGAAUGGUUUAGAAACCGCGCUUAAACAGGUGCCGGGGCUAUUUUUAAUCAACGUCUCCACAGUCUUGGGCGUGUCAGUGCGCAGCCCAUCCUCAGCUUGCUUUCUUUGGUCUGUGCCAUCUAUCUCACCAUGGACAGCCUGCUGAGCGGGGCCAGUAAAGGGGCCAGGGCUCUUCAGUCAGCACAGACCUCAUCACGUCAUAGAAGCCACUCGCUGUCUUUACCCCUGUAUGACUGACUGUUAGGGAUACAAUAAAGCUUAAAUUCUUCUUAGCUUGAACAAAGGAGCCAUGCAUCCGCCGCUGUUCCUCAGUGUCUUCUGGCUGCUCCCCCUGGCCUUGACGCAAGAAGAAGUCUUACCCUUGGACUGUGUUCCACGCAAAUUUGUGCCCUAUCAUAGAGACAAUGCUCACAUGUUUCAUGAGGAGGGUGUGUUCAACUACUCCACCAUGUUGUUGAGAGAAGACCUGGAUCUGCUAGUGCUGGGCACCAGGGAGGCAGUGUAUGCUCUUGACCUCAACAACAUCUCCAAGAAACUGGCUUCAGUGAAAUGGGAAGUGACACAACAGCAAAAAGCUGAGUGUAAAAACAAAGGAAAAGAUCCUGAGUUGGAGUGCAAGAACUAUAUAAGGAUCCUACACAAGAUGGAGGAUAACAGGAUGUAUGUGUGUGGAACCAAUGCUUUCGAUCCAGAGUGUGAUUACAUGUCCUAUGCAGAUGGAAACCUGGCUCUUGAGAACAAAGGAGAGGAUGGCAAAGGGAAGUGUCCAUUUGAUCCUUUCCAGAGAUAUGCCUCCAUCAUGGUUGAUAACAACCUAUACUCAGCUACUUCAAUGAACUUCCUGGGCUCUGAACCUGUCCUGAUGCGCAGCUCUCCUGUCUCCAUACGCACUGAGUUCAAGAGUUCCUGGCUUAAUGAGCCCAGUUUUGUUUCAAUGGCUCAGAUGCCAGAGAGUGAGAAAAGUGCGGAGGGAGAAGAUGACAAGGUUUACCUGUUCUUCAGUGAGACAGCUGUGGAAUGUGACUGCUACAACAAACUAGUGGUCUCCCGUGUGGCCCGUGUCUGCAAGGGGGAUCUUGGAGGUCAGAGGACUUUGCAGAAGAAGUGGACAUCGUUCCUGAAGGCCAGGAUGGACUGUCCAGUUCUGGAGUCCCAGCUGCCGUACAUUAUCCAGGACACUUACCGCUGGUGUGACCCCCAGCAGCAUUGGAAGAACUGUUUGUUCUACGCUAUCUUCACACCACAGUCGGACACAUCAGACCUGUCUGCAGUGUGUGCGUACCAGGUGUCUGAAAUCAGCAGAGUGUUUGCAGAGGGAAAGUACAAGACUCCAGUCCCCGUAGAAACCUCUUUUGUUAAGUGGGUGAUGUAUAGUGGAGAUGUCCCUGUCCCUCGGCCUGGAGCUUGUAUAAACAAUGAGGCUCGUAAAGCGGGUAUAAAUCAGACUCUGGACCUCCCAGACCGUACCCUUCAAUUUAUCAAAGAUAAGCCCCUCAUGGACCAGGCUAUCCAGCCGAUUGGAAAGAAGCCUCUGCUGGUGCGAAGGGGAGCUACUUUUACACGCAUCAUAGUCAACCAAGUGCAGGCUGCAGAUGGCAGGAAGUACAACGUGAUGUUUAUAGGCACAGAGCAAGGCACCAUGCUGAAAGCAGUAAACUACGAAGGAGAGAUGUUCAUCAUAGAGGAAAUUAAACUUUUCCAGCCCCCAGAGCCAAUCAAGAUCCUGAAAUUUUCGAAUGUCACGGGUCAGCUCUAUGCAGGCUCAGACUAUGGAGCAGCACAGAUACCACUGGCCAGCUGUGAGAGGUCCUUAUCCUGUCUGGACUGUGUUCUAGCCAGAGACCCAUACUGUGGCUGGGACAAAGUUGUUGGGAGAUGUAUUCAACUUUCUAAUUCACAAAGAGAGCUAAUCCAGAGUGUGAAAGGAGGAGAUGCCUCUCUUUGCCCAAAUGCUGAUCCUGUUAAACCCGUGAAUCAGUCCAUCUGGCCAGGCGGUAACCUAAAGCUCAGUUGCCCUUUGCCUUCCAACUUGGCAAAAACCAGCUGGGAGCAGGACAACCGUCCUCUGAACCCUUCAGCUCGGCUUCAGCUACUACAAGACGGACUGCUUAUCCUCAAUGCUUCAGGCAGUGAUGUUGGUCAGUACCGCUGCCUGUCUGUGGAGCGCUCCAAAACUGAUGAGUACACAACCACUGUGGCAGAGUACCAGGUCAGAAUAGCCUCAGCAGGCUCUGGUGAUGGUCAGAUAUUGUUUCCACAGGCUCAGACCGAUGGCCCCACUGUGGCUGGACUGCAGGCCAUAGUCGGGCUCCUAGUAGUUUCUCUUCUUUUCCUUUUGGCCUGGAACUUUUACAAAGGCCACCUACCCCUUCCCUGUGGAAAGAAGAAUAGCAAACAAUCCCAGGAGUCUCACGAGGAGGGGGGUCUGAACUCCACUGUGCCCUACCAAGAGGCACAGAGGCCAGCACUGGCAGAGGACAAGCCCCUGGUAUCUGGAAGAGACGACGGCAGCAGUAAUAACAACCACACCAGAGGGGAGGCACCAUUUAGUGCUGCAGGGGAAGAGAGUGAUGCCCCAAUAGUUAACCUGUCAUCUCUGCAGUACAUUGAUGAUGAGUCAGAGAUCUAAAAAUGACAAGCUCAUUACUCAGUUUACCUUUGAGCAACGUUCAAGUGAAUUCAUCAUUCAUCAGUUCAGCUGUAAUAUUUGAGAGCUGAAAUGUCAACCUUUACAGCAUUAACAGCAAGUUGGAAUAUGAGAGUAUUCCAAGUGGUUGAAACCUUGUUUUGACUAAAUAGUUGAGACUGAACACACCAAAAGACUCUGUAAGAUUUUUGUACAAGUACGAGAUACUUAAAUUUUUGCUUUACUUUUUCAUUUGUUCUAAUACAAUUGUAUGUACAUUUAAAAGUAUGCUUUUAGUUUCUUACUAAUUUUUGAAUUCCUAUUACAGAUUUAAAUAUCUUGUAAAGACUGGUAUGAUUUUCACAGGGAAUGUACAAUAACUGAAAUUGAGCCAUUUCAUUGCUAACCACUAGCUGCAACCACUAAUUUUAUUGUAUUAAACCUUUUCUACCUGG